GUGCACUACACACACACAUUUUCCGGCUUCUCUCUUCACAUGGAAUGAAGCAAACCGUGAGGCCGCAAGCACGUCGAAGCUUCCUAGCAAGCACCUACAGCAAGUGAGCGGUCACGUUCCGGCCGCCUUUGCUUACCUUGUGUACGUGCUUAAUACAAAACCAGCUCCUCUUCCCGCGUCCACACCGCGGCGGCCAACACACGAAGAAGACCAGCCCGAAAACGCCCCAGAGCAUGGCGCCCUUACCAUGUCGCUCGUCCCUCCUCCUGCUGCUCGUGCUCCCUUGCUGCCUCCUGCACCGCGCGGCCGCCCAGGCCGCCGACGAGGGGCGGCUGCUCAUGCAGAUCAAGAGCGUGUGGGGCGACCCGCCCGUGCUCGCGGCAUGGAACGGCUCGGGCGACCACUGCACCUGGCCCUACGUCACCUGCGAUGCCUCCGGGCGCGUCACGGGCCUCCACCUCGCCAACACCGGCGUCGCCGGCCCAUUCCCGGACGCCAUCGGCGGCCUCUCCGGCCUCACCAGCCUCAACAUCUCCAGCAACAACAUAACCGGCGCCUUCCCGACCAGCCUGUACCGAUGCGCUUCGCUCCGGGACAUCGAUUUGUCGCUUACGUUACUCGGCGGCGAGCUCCCCGACGACAUCGGCCGCGCGCUCGGGAAGAACCUCACCUCUCUGAUGCUCAACGGCAACUACUUCAACGGUACCAUCCCUGCCUCUUUGUCCCUGUUAAAGAACCUGCGGUCGCUCGCGCUGGACGGCAACUACCUCGCCGGCACCAUCCCGGCAGAGCUCGGCGCCCUGACGGGCCUUGAGACGCUGAAGCUCGCCUACAACCGGUUCAGCGUUGGCGAGCUGCCGGCGUCGUUCAAGAGCCUGACCAAGCUUAAAACCUUCUUUGCGGCAAACUGCAGCCUCACCGGCCACUUCCCGAGCUAUGUUGCGCAGAUGCCGGAGUUGGAGCUGCUUGACCUCUCGGUCAACGCCUUGAACGGAAGUAUACCUCCGGCGAUUUGGAACCUCACCAAGUUGCAAACUGUGGCUCUGUAUGCAAACAACUUCACCGGCGAGGUCGUCAUUGAUGAUGGUGCUUUCGGCGCGGUGAAUUUGGUGAUGAUAGACCUGUCCGCGAAUCACAGGCUUACUGGCCCAAUUCCGGAAAGUUUCGGCCUCUUGCCGAAGCUUAAUACCUUGAACUUGUUCAACAACAGCUUCUCCGGCGAGAUACCGGCGAGCAUCGGCAGGUUGCCUUCACUAGAGACACUGAAAUUGUUCAGCAAUCGUCUCACCGGCACGCUCCCGCCGGACCUCGGCAAGAACUCGUCGGCAGGUUUGAUGUAUAUUGAAGUUGAUGACAACGAGAUCACCGGCGCGAUUCCGGAGGGUCUUUGCGCCAACGGCAAGUUCCAGUCGCUCACCGCCUCUAACAACCGCUUGAACGGGCCCAUCCCGGCAGGCCUCGCCCGUUGCGCCACGCUCAACAACCUUCUGCUCGACAAUAACCAGCUCUCCGGCGAGGUUCCUGAAACAUUGUGGACGCAGACACAACUUGAAUACGUGCGGUUGCGGAAUAACCAGCUAAGCGGGAGUCUGCCCGUCAACAUGUUCAGCAGCCUCUCCAAUUUACACAUAGAGAACAAUCAGUUUAGUGGCAACAUCCCAGCGGUGGCCGUUGAACUCCAUAAGUUCACCGCCGGGAACAACAAUUUUUCAGGGGAGAUGCCGCCAAGUCUUGGCAGCGGCAUGCCGCUGCUGCAGGCAAUGAACUUGUCCGGUAACCAGCUCUCUGGCGGGAUCCCGAGGAGCAUAGCCAAGCUCGGCUCCCUGACGCAACUGGACCUGAGCAGGAAUCAGCUCGCCGGCGAGAUACCGGCCGAAUUGGGCGCCAUGCGGGUGCUCAACGCACUUGACCUGUCGUCCAACAGACUAUCCGGCGACAUACCGCCGCCGCUUGCCAGGUUACAGCUGAACCAGCUCAACCUGUCAUCCAACCAGCUCGACGGCCAGGUACCGGCAGGGCUCGCCACCGCCGCUUACGAUCGGAGCUUCCUCGGCAACCCCGGCCUCUGCCAUGCCGGUCUGGGGCCCGGCUACCUCACCGGCGUGCGCUCCUGUGCUGCGGGAUCACAAGCUGCCCCUUCCUCCUCGGGCGUCUCGCCGGCGCUCCGCACUGGCCUCCUGGCCGCUGCCGGCGCGCUCCUUGUCUGCAUCGUGGUCUUCGCCUUCUUCAUCGUCCGCGACAUCAGGAAAAGGAAGCGCGCGGCACAGGACGGUGGCUGGAAGAUCACGCCUUUCCAGACCGAUUUGGGCUUCGGGGAGGCGGCCAUACUCCGGGGGCUGACCGAGGAGAAUCUCGUCGGCAGCGGCGGGUCGGGGCGCGUGUACCGCGCGGCGUACACCAACCGGUACAACGGCAGCGCCGGCGCCGUGGCCGUGAAGCAAAUACGGAGCGCCGGGAAGGUGGACGAGAAGCUGGAGCGCGAGUUCGAGUCGGAGGCCCGAAUCCUCGGCGGCGUCCGGCACAAGAACAUCGUCAGGCUGCUGUGCUGCCUCUCGCGCGACGACUCUGCCGGCAAGCUCCUCGUGUACGACUACAUGGACAACGGCAGCCUCGACGGGUGGCUCCACGGCCACGCUCUCACCGACGGCGCCAGGCACUCCGUGUCGUCCGUGGCGAGGGCCCGAUCGGGUCGGCGCGACGCUGGUUUGGACUGGCCGGCGAGGAUCAGAGUCGCCGUGGGCGCCGCGCAGGGGCUCUGCUACAUGCACCACGAGUGCUCCCCGCCCAUCGUUCACCGGGAUGUCAAGACCAGCAACAUCUUGCUGGACUCGGAGUUCCGGGCCAAGGUCGCGGACUUCGGGCUGGCCAGGAUGCUGGCGCAGGCCGGCACGCCGGACACCAUGUCCGCCGUCGCCGGGUCGUUCGGCUACAUGGCUCCUGAGUGCGGCUACACGAGGAAGGUGACGGAGAAGGUGGACGUGUACAGCUUCGGCGUGGUGCUCCUGGAGCUCACCACCGGGCGGGCGGCCAACGACGGCGGCGAGGACGGGUCGCUGGCGGAAUGGGCGCGGCACCUGUACCAAUCAGGAGGAAGCAUCACGGAAGGCACAGACAGUCGCAUCAGAUACGCGGGGUGCUCGGACGAGAUCGAAGUCGUGUUCAGGCUAGGCGUGAUGUGCACGAGCGCGUCGCCGUCGUCGCGGCCGGCCAUGAAGAACGUGCUGCACAUCCUGCUCAGGUGCUGCGAGCAGACGCACCAGAAGGGCAAGGCGGAGCCUGGCCGGGAGUUCGAGGCAGCAACCCUCCUGCUGCCGCAGCGCGGCAGCCGCCGGAAGCAGCUUUCGAACUCCAAGGGAUCCGACAGCGAGGAGAAGGGCGACUUCGACACCAUUGUCUGAUUUAAGGAGCCAACCGCAGCAUCUUGAUUGCACUGGCAGAGCGGUUAAGACGACAGCUCGAAGCAGGGACCAGUAUAUUUGUAUUCGGGCAGUAUACAAGUUUUGCUUACUAGGUACCCUCGACGGGUGGCUCCACACGCGCGCUCUUGAGUUCAUAUCUGAUUUAGGUGUCAUACCUAGUGCAUCGGGUCCAAUAAAAAUCUUUUGUGACAAUAUCGGUGCAAUUGCCUUGGCAAAGGAAUCCAGAUUUCACAAGAGAACCAAGCACAUCAAGAGACGCUU